AUGCCAGUCUUUUCCGUACAAACGCAGCGCGCUGCAUCGCGAGGCGCUCGCAGCAUCGGAGACACGAAGAAGUCUCUCAAAUCCUUCUUUCCCGCCUCAUCGAACAGGGCUGCUGCUGCACCACUGCCGUCGAAGACGCGGAUGGAGGUGACGCCGCCGACGGCGGAGUUCAUUAACUACGAUGUACAUACCACCUAUGUAAUGCCACUCGAGGUGCGCAACCGCACAGACGAGAUACUGACACUGCGCUUUGUGAAGCCGGCGCGGCACCCCGGCACCUUCCGACUCGUCAACGGUGCUUCGGUGCGUGUGGCACCUGGACUGGCACACACCGUGGAGAUCGAGUUCACCACCCACGCUCCGCAGGACUACGCAGAUGCGCUGGUGAUCCUCAGCAGCGACGGCGGCCGCGUCGAGGUGCCGCUGACGGCGUGCCGCGUGCCGCUGAUAGAGUUCCCUCCCACGGUGAACUUCGGCAAGGUGGAGCAGCAGCUGGUGUCUCCUAUGCGCACACUGACGCUGGUGAAUCGCGGUCGAAAGGACGCCGCUGUUACGUUUGUGCUGGACGAGGGAGGCGAGAGGGGUGGCGGUACGGCGUGCGGAGUAGUGCUGAGCAGCACCGCUGUUACGGCGCCGGCAGAGGGCUGUACGACUGUCACGCUGGAGCUGAAGCCGCUGCCGCCUGGUCGGCACACGUGGCAUAUCCCAGUGGAAAUGAACGGGCAGCGCCUGGCAACUCUCCUGGAGGUGACUGCGGAGGUCGUGGACUGUAGGAGCCGUCUUUUGGACCCGCAAACGCACGAGGAUGUGGUCUCGGUGGAGUUUCCGGAGACGUUUGACGGCAACAAGGCGAGGCAUCAGCUGGAGGUGGUGAACGGCGGCUCGCAGGCGAUUAGCUUUGCGAUCCGCUCCGCGCACGACAUCUCCGAAGGCGGAGCAGCACCUUUCCGCUUUGCUCCCACCCAAGGGCGGCUACCGCCGCAGGGACGCCUUACCGUCACGGCGCUGUUUACACCGCAGCUGAGGCUGCGUCGCACCGGCUGGAGCACCGCCCCGAGAAGUGCGCCUGCUGUGACCGCCGAGGCUCACAAGUACGAGGCCCUCUUCACCCUUCUAUUUGUGGAGACGGAGCAGACGCAGAGCUUCCGGAUGGUGGGCACGUCGUGCGAGACCCUCGUCCGUCUCUCUACCUCAGUCGUCGACUUUGGUGCCUGCGUCCUGAAGAGGUCGAAAGAGUCGCGUCUGACGCUCACGAAUGGUGUGACCCACCUUCCCAUGCGCUACGCACUGCAGUGCCCGCCGCACUUCUCCGUCACACCGGCGCGCGGCGUAGUGGCCGGUGGCGGAAGCGCCACGUUGCGCUUGGAGUUUCGCCCGCGCCGCCUCGAGCCUUAUGUGGAGACGCUCACGGUGACCGCUAACGAUACGGUUACGUGCGCAGUGGAACUGCGGGGCACUCCGCUGUACCGCGAAGGCGCCGAGGCACCAGUGGCUGCUCGCGCUUCAGCAUCGGAAGCCGAGGCCGCGGUACCAGCGGCGGUGGAUCUCGGUAUGAUCCCAGGAGAGGGGCUGACACCACCCUCACUCCCCAAACAGGUGCCUGCGGCGGUGCUGAUGGCGGAAGAUACGGCGAUGCAGAGUUACCGCAGUGGCCACGUUGCACCACCUGUGUUCGAUGUGCACUCGUUGGCAAAGAGGCGCUUCUAUGCCGCCCCGACAACACCGCAGGAGCGGCGUGACUGCAAGCGCGAGUUGACACCAAUGGAGGUGCUGAACGUUGUGCUGCCGUCCAAGUCGCUGAACUUCGGACGCGUCACCAUCCAUGCUGAUGCGGUGUCGUCGCUCUUCGUGUACAACGGUACCAAGGCAAGCAUCCAGGUGGGCGUUCCCACCGAGGCGGAAGGGCCUGUGACGGUGGAGCCUGCCAGCCAGGUUGUGCCGGCCCAGCGCAUGGCGCAAUUCGACGUGAACAUCCGCUCCGACACGGUUCAGGUCUUCCAACAGGUAAUGCGCGUCACUGUGAACCAGCAGCAUUACAUGCGCUUCACGGUGCAGGCGGACGUGGUGCCAGUAGAGGUGACCCUCUCGCAGACGCAGGUGCUGCUGUCGCUGACGGGGCAGGCUGAGGAGCCUGUGUGUACGGCGCAGGUGACACUCAAGAACAAGGGCAACUGCGCCGUGGCGUAUCGCUGGCAUCUCCCGGCGCUAUCGUGCGAGUUCGAGGUGGAGCCGCAGGUUGGGCUACUAAACGCCAGCGAGCAACGCGGUGCUACGUUCUACUUCCGCCCUGCCGCCGGUACAUCGCAGGCCUCCUGCGAGGCUCGUCUCAAGGUGGUGGGUGCGACGGAGGACAAGGUGCUGCUGCUGACUGGCAGUGUGGCGCCGGCGAAGUGCGCGUGGGGCGCAUCUUCGCUUCUCACGACGCCGCCGCUGGCCCCGGCCUCGAAGGAGGCGGCUGCUGUGUCCAGCAUGCUGGCCUUGGGGCGCAUCGCAGCCGGCGUCCCCGCUGUGGCGACGCUCCCCCUCACAAACAAAGGCAGGACAAACGCGUACUUCUCCUUUGGCGCGUUGCCCGCAUGGCUGACGGUGUCGCCGUCACAGGGGCGCGUCUGCGUUGGUGAGACGGAGGAGCUCACGGUGCGUGUGCGGCAUGCGGUGGCAGGUACGGCGGCUCAUAUGGUAGAGUGCCAUAUUGCUGGCAUGCGGCGUCCGCUGGUGGCGCGUGUGGAGGCGACCGUUGUGGCACCGCCGCUCUCUGUGGAGCUGGAUGGCAAGGAACAGGCUGAGGCGCACCUAGACUUCGGGUACGUUUACGUCGGCUGCCCGCAGUCGCGCUCCGUGACUCUGCGCAAUGGCGGCGACGUGGCUGCCGCUGUGCGGGUCAACCUAGAGUCGUGCACCUACUACUCGCUGGACUCGCCUGUGUUGGAGGACGAAGGGCAGCAAGAAGUAGUGGACAGCGUAAUGUCACUUGCGACGCUGGAUGACACAAAGCGCUCACGUCUUAUGUCGCGCGUGCGGUCUCUGCACUCUUUCACUGUGGUCGACCGCAAACCGUCGAUCGGCGUCGCGACCGCAACUGUCGUGGUGCCGUCGUUGUCGGAGUACACACUUCGUCUUUCAUUCAACCCUCUGCGUGCUGCUGCGGCGCAGCGUUGCUCUGUUCGGUGGCAUCAACUUGGCGCAGACGAUGUGCAUCCGCUGCCGCCGUUUACUGUGGAGGCCACCGGGUUGGCGCCGCCGGUUAUACUGAGCGCGAGGACGGUGUCGUUCCCCGGUGUGGUGGUUGGCCAGCGCCCGCCGCCGCGCGUGGUCUUUGUCCGACACGGGGAUCUGAGGAUGCCGCCGCCGUUGCCGGGACCGAGACCGGUCGCGUGGCGGCUGGAGACGGAGGAAGGAACUCCAAACUUCCUGUUGGAGCCCCAUCGCGGCGUCCUGGGUGUGGGGGAGGAGCAGGCUGUUACCAUCACGUAUCUGCCCACGAACGCUGGGCAGCUGCAGGUGUGCGCGCUACUGAAGACGGAGGAGGGGGAGAGCCCUAUAGGGGCGCCGUGCGCGUGUUGCAGUAUCAGCGCCUCAGCCACGGACCCGCGCGUGCGCAGUGACCGCACCUCUCUGGUGUUCCCAGCUGUGCCGCUAGGUCUCGCGGUGGAGACGACGGUGCUGCUCCACAACGAGGGCUACGACACCGUGCGCGUUGAGUAUCCCGGCUCCUGCGACCCGCCGCUGCAGGUGUCGUUCCCUGACGGUGACACGAUGGGUGCCGCGCUGCGGUCCACCCUCCCUGUCACUUUCACCUUCUGCAGUCCCACGCCGAUUUCGGUGCGCUCUGCCAUCCGCUUGCACACGGACGCUGGAGGCUGCAUCGACAUCUCCAUCAGCGGCAGCGCAGUGAACUCCGUCAUCACCACUGAGGCUUUUCUGUCAUAUAUGCUUCGCACUACACCCACCACCACCACGGCAGCCGCCACCGGCAAGGACGACGACACUUCGCACGCACUACAGCGUUGGGCCGGCGACCACGAAUCCGUCGUGGGGGCGGAGCUACCGCUAGUGUGCACCUUCCCGGCUGCCUUGGAUGGUGCGCGUGAUGGCCAGCACAACCUGGUAAACAUGGUCGAGGAGAGCGUUCAGUGGGAGGCGGAGCGAGCGUGGCUGACGGCGUGGUGGAACGCUUUUGUGUGCCGCACUCCUGUACAGGAUGUGGUGGAGGCACUUCAGGCGACACGCGGCGGGAUCGUUGGCGACAUGAUACAUCAGUUCACCGGCAAGCGGCCUCGACGUAACGAGGCUCUGGACUCUUCUUCGACCACCUCUAAGCGUUCGAACAAGGGGGACGGUGCUGGGUCCUCUGUGACGGCGACGGCCCGUGGCCACAAGGAGACUGGGACGGCGCGCCGUGUCCCGCGGCGACAGCCGCCGUCGGAUGCGGCCGGCACUUCCACACCUCCCGCUUCUGCGAACACAACGCCAAAGGAGCUGCGCAGCCUUCACACACUCAUCCAGUACGUGUGCUCCUGCGGUGGGUGCCUGACCAAUGUGGAGCUGCCGUUCCUGCUUCCCUUCGACGCGUUUGUCGAGCACGCGGCCGUGCACACUCCAUCCGCGCUGGAGCAGCUAUCUGAGAUCGCCGAAGGUGAGGAUCUGGAGUUGGUGUUCCAGCGGCGCGCGACUGCGUCGUGGGUGGCCGUGCUGCGCGAAUGUCUAAGGCUUUUCUACGUGCCGCAGGUGCGUGUGACAGGGGCUACUCCGGUGCUGCCGGCUCUGCGCGGGUGGCCAUCCUCGUCGUUGUCGCAACGUUCGCUGAACCGAAGUAACAUCUACAGCGAGGAGGAGUCGCUACUCCUGCGUUGGGUGGGCGACUGCGUCGCGGCCUUCGCGACCAGCGACAAGAAGGACCUUCACAAGAGUCUAUCCGCUAUCUCGCCGCGCCAUUUCGAAGACCUACGCGAUGCGCAGGCGCUCAUCGUUGCUGUGCUGAUGUACGCGCCAUUCCUGGCAUACCAGGUGCGCGAGGCUGUCGCCUCUGCCGCACAACAGAGCCGCGAGGGUUAUGCCACGGUUCUCUUGAGCCUUCUGCAAACCUUGGGGGUUGCAGGACUUCCUCUUGCGGACGCCUUUGUGGCGUCGUCGCCAACGCAGAUGGUGCUCCUCCUUACCCACCUCUUCGUGUAUCUUCCAAAGUUCAUCAACGCCGUUUCCGUGGAAUUUCACGGCAGCGCCCUCACCACGCUGACGGAGACAGUCACCGUCGAAAACACGUCCCCUGAGCCGCGCGAAUACUGCGUUCUCCUACCAGAUGCCCCGCUCUUCCGUGCGAACACCGACAAGGUGACUAUCGCGCCGCGCAGCUCGACGCAGGUGACGCUGUCGAUCACUCCGCGUACGCGGCGACCAGUCAGUGGACAGUGUGUGCUGAUUGACUGCUCCUCGCAGGUGUCGCCGGCGGAGCGGGUACCGUUUGUGUUUCAGCUCAAGGCCACACCAACGAUGGAGCCGCUGCAGACGGUGUACGUGGAGACACCGCAGUACGAGUGCCUUCAGUCAGAGCUGCAUAUCACGAACCCCUUCUCUGAGGAUUGCGUGGUGAGUCUGCGAGUGGCGCAGAUGCGUCUGCCGGAUGCGACGAAGACGACGGACGCCGCAUCGACACCCGAAGCUGCCGAGCCGUGGCUGAGUGGCGACGACGCGUCCUUCUGGCGUCACAAGCACGAUGCCCCCUUCACAGUUUCCACACAGGUCCUCUCGCUGCGCCGCGGCGAGCCGACACGGCUGCCCUUCUCGUUCGCGCCCCUCUCACGCGGCGUGUACCGUCUGGUGCUGACCUUCUGGGAAGAGUGGGAGGGCGAGUUUACGUGGGCUGUGGAGGCGACGAGCGGAUGGCCCAAGCCGGUCGACACCAACCUGGAACUGCGUGUGGAGCUUGGGGAGAGCUGUACGUCUACCCUCAACGUCAAGAGCAGCAACUCAUCGCUCGAGCGCUGUGUAAAGUUCUACGAGGAUCGCGCGCACAGCGCCCAGUACACUGACAUCAGUCGUCUGCUUAGCGGGGCUCGCUACGCUGUGCACUUUGUGAAUGAGCGCAUGGAGGGCCCCAACCCCUUCUUCCUGCCCACUCAGAGCUCGUGUCUCGCAUCCACUGCUCCAGCAACGACGUGGCCGAUAACCUUCACGUUCAAGCCGCAGUGCGUUGGGGUGUACCGCACCUACGCACUGUUGAUAUCGGAGGCCGAUGUGCGACUCCUGGUGAUUGUCGGUGAGUGCGUGCCGAAAGGGGACCGCAGAGAGCUACAGUUUUCGUGUCCGGCGCGCCAGAUCAUCAUGCAGCAGAUCACACUGUGCAACUACAGCACCGCGGAGGACUGGUUGUUCACCGCCACGUUCGAGGGCUCCGCACAGUUCAGCGGGCCACACGACGUUCGCGUGCCGAGUGGACGGUCGAGAGAGUACACGAUCAAGUAUGCCCCGUCGUGGAUCAGCGGAGAGGAGACGGCGACGCUCGUGUUGCUGAACGGCUCCACUGGGCAGAAGCACACCUACGCCCUCGUGGGCACCGCAGAGGCGCCGCUGUCUGAGGGCAUCCUGACGCUGGACUGCCGAGCGCGCGAUCACGAGACACUGGAGAUGAUGGUGCCGAACAUUUGUAGUCAGGACACGACGUAUUUUGUAAAGACGGACUUGGCGUGCUGCGAGGGCGAGUCACCGUCGCUUGUCAUCCCACGAGCGUCGAGCCGCCGCUUUGCAAUGAAGGUGUCCCCCACCGUCGGCGGCGACUACUCCGGCCGCAUCACCUUCACGGGCUCGAAUGGACGGUAUGUAUGGUACGCGGUGCAGCUGCACGUGGCCCCGCCGGAGAAGGAGGGCCUCGUCGAGCUCCGCACAAACGUUCGGACGGCGUUGGUGGCGGACAUCUCCGCGACGAACCCGCUCGAUUCUGCACUGAUGUUCAAGGUCCACCGAUACGGCGCUGGGCUGUACGGCGCGAACACCUUUCAGCUGGCACCCAAAGCUGCUGCCACCUAUAGCCUUCUCUUUCUGCCGACGCAGGCCGGCGAGUCGACGGGGCGACUUUCCCUGGUGAGCGAGGCUGCCGGUGAGUUUUGGUACGAGCUGCACAUGACGGUGACGGAGGCAGAGCCGGAGCCCCUGCCCUUCCCGCCAACCCCCAUUGGCCAGUCGCAGGUGAUGCAGGUGCGCCUGCCCAACCGAAGUGACGCGAACUUGGUCCUGACGGUGGAGUCGACGGAUGCGGCGUGCUUUGGGGUGAACCAGCCGCGGAUCAUGCUGCCGGCACACUCGGAGAGUGUUGUCGAACUUGUCUUCACACCAUGCUGCGUUGGUGUCGAGCAGACGGCCGUGGUGACACUGCGCAACCCUGAACUGGGAUGCUGGCGCUACAGAUGUGUCGGUACGGGCACGGCUCCCUUGACAGAAGAGACGCUGACGUGCACUUGUGACGUCGGGACGACGAGCACACUGUUGCUGCCCUUCACGAAUGUCCUGAAGCGAGAGACGGCGAUAGAGGUACAGCUGAGUGGAGACACGACGGCCUUCGCCCUGCACACAGUGCCGACCGGUGUGCUGGCGGCCGGUGCCUCCGUGUCACUUGUUGUGACGUUCAGACCCUCUCUGGUGAAGCGCCAUGCCGCUGUUGUGGAGGUUCGUCCAGCGGUGCGGGGCGGCGACAAGACCUAUGACAUCACGUUUGCCUACCCGAUCGAGGGCUACUGCGUGUACCGACAAACGCAACCAUCUCUGCGUUUGCGCUGCGCUUCUCGCACACAGUAUGACGACACAGUGUACGUGCACGCACCUGGGCUGACGCCAGGUCUCGCCUCCGCCUUCUCCGUGGUCUUCGAGGUGGACCCUCAGAAGUCCUACGCGGCUGCCGCGGCGGCGAGUGUGUCAUGCAGCGUGACCAUGCCGAGCCCGUACCCCGACGGAUUUGAGCUGAACCUCAAGUUUGCACCGCUGCGGCCGCUCGUCGGGUCAGGGUGGGUGGUGCUGCGCAGUGCGGAGGGCGGCGCGUGGCAGUACCGAGUGCAGCUGGAGUCUACCCCGGCGCCCGUCGACGACACUAUCGUGCUGUGCGGCGAGUACAAGGAGAGCACCUCGGUUUCUUUUGACCUGUACAACGUGUUUCCCUACCGCUCCACCUUCUUUGCGUACUUCACGGCGGACAGCUCCAAGGACUUUACCGUGUCACCCGCACAUGGGGUGCUGCUUCCGUUUGUGCCUGGACAGCGAGGGGCCGCCACGGCCACCAACGUGCAGAUCUCUGUGUACCCCUCCUCCCGAAUCCCUCAAAUCGAGGGCACGCUCGUGGUGGACACGGACGAUAUGCAGUGGACCUUCCGUGUGCUCGGCAAGUUCGGCUACCAAACCCGGCCACCCAACUAA